GGGCUGGAGGUGGCCAGCACUGUCCUGCUGGAGGCUGGGACAGCUCUCAGCGGGUGUGGGGCAGUGAAGGCUGGCUGGAGAUGGCCUCCCAGCCUGUAGGCCAUGAGGAGACACCUUAGCAGAGAUGUUUUGUGCUUUUCCCUUAAGAAUAUCAUCCCCAAGACUUUUAACCUGCUAAAAGAAAAUCCAUUCCUCGCUGCCGAAGAAUCAACAGGAUGCUCUCCAAUGAAUCCCUACAUUCUCCUGCAUUCUGCCGCUCCAACUCACAAGCCUCCGUAGACAGCACCUCCAUGGAGGAUUUCUGGCGGGAAAUAGAAAGCAUUAAAGAGAACAGCAUGGGAGGGCAGGAAGAGCAGCUGCCGGCUGAGGUCAAGCCUGUGGAUGAAGGAGAACUUGAAGCUGAGUGGCUGCAAGAUGUGGGUUUAUCAACUUUGAUCUCAGGCAACGAAGAGGAAGAUGGGAAAGCCCUGCUCUCUACAUUGACUCGAACCCAAGCAGCUGCGGUGAAAAAGAGAUAUAAUACCUAUACUCAAACCCUGAGAAAAAAGAAUAAGCAGUCUGUCAGGGAUGUCAGAGACAUCUUUGGAGUUAGUGAAUCUCCUCCAGAUGAUGCUUGUGACAACCAUACCACUCAGUUGGGUGGCACUGAGGAAGAAAAAGAGGUACCAGAAGUUAUCCAAACGAGUGGUCCUGUGCCAGAUGAUGCUUCUCUCAACAGUACUACCCUGCCCAAUGGGUCCCGGAAUGAAGAAGGGAGUUUUGUAGAUCCCAGGAUCGGCUCCAUGCAGUCCAUACUGGAGGCUAUUCCAGAUGUACCAGUUCAUUCCAAUGGGUCUGCAGAUGCGGGGCAGUCAGCUCAGAGUGCACUGAGUGAUGAUUAUCUGGAAAAGGACAUUCCAGCAGAGACUGAAGAGGUGUCCUUUGAAGUAUCUUAUUCAGAAAUGGUUACAGAGGCUCCAAAAAGAAAUAGAUCUAAGAAGUCAGAGAUUAAGAAAGAAGACUAUGCUUUAACUAAACUCACUGUUCAGAAAACCAGGCUUGGCUUAACCGAAGCAGGAGACCUGUCUGCUGAGGAUAUGAAGAAAAUUCGCCAUCUCUCUCUGAUUGAAUUGACUGCCUUUUUUGAUGCAUUUGGAAUUCAACUGAAAAGAAACAAAACAGAGAAAGUAAAAGGACGAGACAAUGGGAUUUUUGGAGUUCCACUUACAGUCCUCCUGGACAAUGACAGAAAGAAAGACCCUGAAGUGAAAGUUCCCCUUGUAUUACAAAAAUUUUUUGAGAAAGUCGAGGAAUCAGGUCUGGAAUCUGAAGGAAUUUUUCGACUUUCAGGAUGUACUGCCAAAGUCAAGCAAUACCGUGAAGAACUGGAUGCCAAGUUUAAUACUGAUAAAUUUAAAUGGGACAAAAUGUGCCAUAGAGAAGCUGCAGUAAUGUUGAAAGCAUUUUUCAGAGAACUACCCACCUCUCUCUUCCCUGUGGAAUAUAUACCUGCCUUCAUCACCCUAAUGGAAAGAGGGCCUCACAUCAAAGUGCAGUUUCAAGCCUUACACCUGAUGGUCAUGGCACUUCCUGACGCCAACAGGGAUACAGCCCAGGCCCUCAUGACAUUCUUCAAUAAAGUGAUUGCCAAUGAAUCAAAAAACCGAAUGAGUUUGUGGAACAUUUCCACUGUAAUGGCACCAAACCUUUUCUUCAGCAGAAGCAAACAUUCUGACUAUGAAGAAUUACUGUUAGCAAACACUGCAGCCCACAUCAUCCGCCUAAUGCUUAAGUACCAGAAAAUUCUAUGGAAGGUUCCAUCUUUCUUAAUCACCCAAGUAAGGAGGAUGAAUGAAGCCACGAUGUUGUUAAAGAAGCAGCUCCCAAGUGUGAAAAAGCUGCUCCGGAGGAAGACCAUAGAACGGGAGGGUACAAGCCCCAAGACUUCAAAGGUACUACAAAAAUCACCCUCUUCUAGAAGAAUGUCUGACGUGCCGGAAGGAGUCAUAAGGGUCCAUGCUCCUCUUCUCUCUAAAGUGUCCAUGGCCAUUCAACUGAAUAGUGAAACUAAAGCCAAAGACAUAUUGGCGAAAUUUCAAUAUGAAAACAGUCAUGGUUCAUCAGAAUGUAUUAAGAUUCAGAACCAAAGAUUAUAUGAAAUUGGAGGAAAUAUAGGACAGCAUUGCUUGGAUCCAGAUGCAUAUAUUUUGGAUGUAUAUCACGUAAAUCCUCACGCAGAAUGGGUGAUUAAGCCCCAAGAGAGUCUUUGAAGAUGGUUGCUAUUCUGUGUUCUAUGCCAAGAAGAUCCUACAUUUUGUGGGGGAAAAUAAGAUUGCCUUGACAUGUUUGUUCCCAUAACCCUGUUGUGUUUCUCAAGGAGUGGUAUCUCCAGCUUUGUCCGCUUAAACUAUGGAAGAGGAGCUGGUUCACCACUUAAGCUGACCUUCAUCACGUUUCCUUGAUAAAAGGAAAGCAGAUGUGAUGCUUCCAGAAGAAAGGUCAAUGGAGAAUACAGAACUCUAAUCAUUUCUAGUAUUCAGCUUUGCAGCAGAAAUGAACUUGGUCCUGUACCUGGGGAUCAGCAACACUUCUUGAUGUAGCCAAUGCUACCAAGCAUAAGAAGUGAAAAAGACCCUUUUUUAUAUUUGUGUUUAUACAUAUAUUGACCUCUUUUAAGCGAGAAUGCCAGAAAUAGCCUUACUUUCUGCCCUACAAAAUAAUCUAGAUCUACUUUCCAAAGAGAAUCAGUUUAUAAAGUGACACAUUUUAUCAAUGCUCUGACUUGUCUCUGAAUUGGGGGAGGAGGAACUUUGGUCUAAAGAAAACUGUGGUGUUAAAUAUGUUGUGCCAUGCUACGUGAUAACCCUUAACUUCCUGGUGCAAAUGAACAAUUCUCUGUUACUGAAUAUUGAAAAUUGAUAUUUUUUUGUCUUUUUUAUUUCUGGUACUGGGGCUUGAA